UCUGGUUCAGACUCCGAGCAUGUGCCUUUGAACAAGAACAUUGCAACUGCUGUUUCUCUUGGUGUCCCGACUGCAUCGAUAUGAAGACUGUGAACAAAAAGGACGAGUCUAAUACUAAACGGGAGAGUUCAUCAGAGACCCCUGGUAAAAAAUUCAGCUGUAAGCUGUGUGGCAAGGAGUAUCAGCGGAGCUUUAAGCUGGCGCGUCACAUGCGAAUACACACGGGAGAAGCGCCGUACACCUGUGAACUCUGUGGGAGAGGGUUUCGGUGUGCAGAAUGGCUUAAAAUGCACAACACCAUCCACACGGGUAAAAAACGAAAGAUCGUGAAGAGCUUCAGUUGCGAUCAGUGUGAGAAGAAGUUCACCUGCUCCACCGCACUCCAAAGUCAUUUAUACAAACACAGAGGCGAGAGGCCGUUCGCCUGCGCGCACUGCGACAAGACGUUCUUCAGUCAAACCAAUCUUAAUCGCCACCACAGCGAUUCUCAUUCUGGAAAACAGUUCUGUUGCCACUUGUGUGGAAUCGGAUUCUCACGCAGAACGACGCUGCAGAAACACAUGCGGAUUCACACGGGAGAGAGGCCUUUCUCCUGUCCAGACUGUGGAAAGACUUUCCCUUAUAAAUACACCUUCAAUAUGCAUCGUAAACUGCAUUCAGACAAAAGUUGAUGUGAUGUACAUUC